AUGGAUCCCACACUUCCUAUCCACUGGGCGUUUAGCUGCCUGGCACUCAUCAUCAUGGGAAUAAGGCUUUGGGGGAGGAAAAAUGCUCGGCAAGACUUCAACCUCGGCGACCGUCUUACCAUGGCCGCUGCCGCGUGCGCUCUGAUCAGACUUGGAAUGAUUCACGUUGUCUUGACUUGGGGCACGAAUAACAUGACUGCUGCCCAGCGCCUGGGCCAUCACUUUACCUCCAGGGAGAUUUAUCAGCGGGAGAUCGGCAGCAAGCUGUCCAUCGCUAAUCGCGUAUUUUAUAACUCCUAUCUUUGGUUGCAGAAGCUUGUGCUGUUGGAUCUCUAUCGACGACUUAUUCACGACUUGCCGUAUGAGAAAUGGAUUCUAACGUCCUAUCUUUUCAUCUUCUUCGUCACCUAUACCAUUGUUCAGGUCUUUACGUUUAGCGAGUGCAAACCCUUUCACCUCUACUGGCAGGUUCUUCCUGACCCAGGCUCUUGUGCUCAAGCCCAGAUGCAACUUAUUGUGCUUGGUGUUCUCAAUAUCAUAACAGACUCUAUGCUCAUCGUCCUCCCGAUCCCGGUUAUCGUCAAACUCAAGGCACCCCUAGCUCGAAAAGCUCAAUUGUUGGCACUGUUCACACUUGGUAUAUUCAUCAUUGCUAUUACUGUCAUCCGACUACCAAUCAACUCUUCGCAUCCAUAUAGCCAAGUCAACCGUACGACCUGGGCAAGCACCGAGCUCCUUACAGCUGCCAUUGUCGUUAAUGCGCCGACACUCUACUCAUUCUGGAAUAAGAGGCGGCGAGAAAGAUCCACGCCUCGUGAACAAGCGCAGGGCGACAGUGAUAAAGCCGGAGAUCGGAUUGCUAUGGAAACCAUUGGCGGCAGUACGUAUUCUGGUAGCGGAGGCCCGAAGCGCAAACCGACUGGAGGGAUCAUACAGACAAAGGAGGUGAUUGUGUCUGAAUACAGAAAAAGCGGCGACUACAUCAAACUGCCUGACGAGCGAGAUCAUACGUCGCAGCAUUCCAGUUAG